AAGAUCCAUGAUGUCUACACUUUGCCCUCCUGGCCGUCGGCGCCCUUUUUGACUGGCACGUCGCUUGGCACUUCCGCCCCUGCUGCCCCAUAUUCCCCAUAUUCCUGACGAGCUGACCUACGCUUCCUCGACGUCUCUUUGCGCCGCGUUUUCAUCCUUACCGAAGAGUCCCACCUCUUCAGACCGAUAACGAGUCUCGCCAUGGACAAUAAGCUGCCGCUGUCGCAGAUUCUUCCUCCGCUCGUGUUUGGCACCGCGACCUUCAACAACCAGUACAACGUCGACCCUCUGGCGCUCGAUACUAAUGGCCUCGUCGAGCAAGCGCUUUCACACGGAGUCCGCGCGUUCGACACGUCUCCAUACUACGGUCCAUCUGAGGAAUUGCUUGGUACGGCUCUAUCCACCAGCUUUGUUCGUCGGCACUUCCCGCGCGAGGACUACUACAUCCUCACAAAAGUUGGGCGCAUCGCGAGCUCCGAGUUUGACUACAGCGCGGACUGGGUCCGCUUCAGCGUCAAGAGAAGCUUGGAGCGCCUGAAGACGAGCUAUCUUGACGUCGUGUACUGUCACGACGUCGAGUUUGUGAGCAAGGAGGAGGUCUUGGAGGCCGUGCGAGAGCUGCGGAGAAUCCGCGACGAAGACGGCACGAUCAAAUACGUCGGCAUCAGCGGGUACCCUGUGCACACGCUUUGCGAGUUGUCCGAGCAGAUCUUGCGGGAGACCGGCGAGCCGCUGGACAUUGUGCAGAGCUACGCCAACUUCACGUUGCAAAACACCAUCCUCGCGUCGCAAGGCAUCGCGCGAUUCAAGGCAGCCGGCGUCGACGUUGUGACAAACGCCUCGCCUUUGGGCAUGGGCCUGUUGCGAGCUCAGGGUGUACCCAUAGGCGGUCAAGGUGACUUCCACCCUGCUCCUCCAGGGCUCCGAGCUGCGGUAAAGCGCGCAUCCGACUUCGCCGCAGAGUACGGCGAGAAGCUGGAGGUCAUUGCGAUCCGCUAUGCGCUGGAAGAGUGGAUCUCCGUCGGCUCGCCCGUCGGCUCUCAUGGCGAUCCAGCCUCGGGCGUGCCUUGGGUGCCGGAAUCAAACGAUCAGGUCGGCGGUCGGCGCCUUGGAGUGUCCGUCAUGGGCGUCAGCAAAGCUUCGGAGCUGGAGAAGACUUUGAUGGUGUGGCGCAGCAUCCUGGACGGACUGGAGGACGGACAGACGAUAGCGACGCAAGCGGGCCGAUGGGACAUGGCUCACGAAUGGAGUCUGAACAGGAGACAAGCCGUGCUUCUGUUGGCAAAAGGGGUCAGAGAUCGACUGGGGGAAUGGGUGGAUUAUACGUGGGAGAGCCCUGGCAAAGACUUUGUGAAUGUGCGGCAAAAGAAGCAGCAGCAGAAGCCACGGCCGGAGUCUGCACCGUGGCCAACACCAAGCGCAAGCCCGGAACCGACAACGCGCGAAGACGAGGCCAGGCCGCGGCUUGAGAAGACUCUGCCGAUUCGAUAACCAUCGCAAGAUCGGGCACGCCAUGCCAUGGGCUUUUCUCUCCGCGUGUCACACGCACGCGCGCGCCGCGGUUUUCGGCACCUACGACGCGUUCCACGAUCUCCUUUUGUCUUGCACGUUUGACGAUGACAUAGAUAGAUAUGCCUUUCAUACGCUGAUGGACCAUCCGCCUGGUCAAUGCGCGGUGGAUAAUUUUGGGAGAAAUGAAUGUCCCUAUCCAGGGCUUUUUUUUUGA